AUAUGUUGUUUGGUCUGAUUUGCUGCUGGCCUUGUUCAGUGCUUCCAUUGUUACGUGUUCUGAUCUGCAGGCAGUAACCUGUCUCCCCGCAGCAACAACACCUAACAUGCUCUGUGUUGCACUUUCUCUUUGGUGGAUCAAACUGAGAGCUGCAUUCGAAACUGUGUGGAGUGGAGCUCUCGUCUUUGUAGAGAGGGAAAGUCGAUAUAAUGUUAGUGGAUCAACAAGCUGACGAGAUGUCUGAAGAAGAAAAUUCUGAGCUGGGAAAGAAGUUCUUUGUCGUCUUGUCUGGAGAAAGAAACGGAGCUCAUCUGUCCAUUAUUAAAAAGCUGACAGAUUAUGGCCAAACUGAGAUUUUGUCCUUGGAAGAAUGUGACUACCUCCUGGUUUUCUGUCCAAUUGUGUCACGUGUUGGAACUGACAUCCAGGAAGCCCUCAGCAAAAUUCCAGAUUUAAAAAAAGCCAUUCUGGUGGUGAUGCAUCCCACCUUCGAUCCCAACCAGACCAUUGCUGACAGCAGGAGACACGUGGAGAAGCCAAACAUCCUCGUAACUGUGGACUGUCUGUUUUAUGAGGGCGAUCUCCUAAGAUGCGACCGCAACAACAACGCAAUGGCCGACAUUGAAAGGGUCCUUUCCAAAUCCUGUGUCACAGUUGAGUUUUGAUGAUCUAAUUACACAGUAAAACGAUGUUGUGGAUUCACCUAAAGGAAAUUAAAAUUUAAGUUUAUGUUAACUUUUUG